UUCUCUAACCGGAACAUCUGGCAGUCAAUAACCUACCUCUCCAUCUGAGAAAGGGAAAACGAAACUACCUACCGGUCUCCGACGUCAAUGGCGUCGCCGCCGGUCCGGCCGUGGGGGGAGCUGCAGCACGAUCUCCUUGUGGCGAUUAUGUCCCGCGUGGGCACCCCAGAUCUACUUUCUGGCGGCGCUCCCCGUGCCUGCUCUGCGUGGUGGGCCGCAGCUCGCGACCCGUUCGCAUGGCGCCGCGUUGAUCUCCGGGACUGGACAGCCCUGUCCUCCGCCCGGCGCGCGGCUGGGACCCGUGCCACCAGCACAAGCGUCUCGGUCCAGGACGCUCUCGCCGGCGUCCUUGAGGUCGCCGCAAUGCGAGCGGAUGGUCGGAUGGAGGCUGUGCUCCUCCCUGAGUUUGCCGAUGAAGACCACAUCCUGUUCCUCGCUGAGAGGAGUCCGAAUCUGCAAUAUUUCAGCUUUCCUACCACAUGUAUGACUUAUGAUCAGUUCUGUAAGGCGAUAGGCAAACUUCAGUCACUUAAAGGCAUGGCGGUGGAUGAGAGUCUUAUUAAUUAUGAUGCCCUCCACCAUGUGCAUCAGUGUUGCCCAGACUUCCUGGAACUGAAAGUGUUUGCUCUUUAUGUGGAUGAAUAUAUGGCCUCUAUAAUUUGUGACUCUCUUCCGCGUCUGAAGAAGCUUGAGAUACCAAAUUCUGAUAUGUCCUGUGCCGCAAUAAUAAAAUUCCUUGACUGCCUGGAGGAGCUUGAGUAUAUGGAUAUAUCAGGUUAUGAGACUUCGGCGAUCUCAAGUACUGUGCUCCGUAAAGCUUCACGGCUUAAGGUCUUUAUCUGGAACUCAAAAUUUGAGCUUGGAGAGUUCAAGGACUGCUCAAAUUGUGGGGAACACUCCAUUAAUCCUCUAGAGCCGUGUAAUUGCAUCAUGGAUCACAAAGUCAUGGACUGGCUGGCUGGACCGUCGCAAACAUCCUGAUGCCAUGGCAGGCAUGUGUGGUUUGUGUUGUUAAAUAAUGUAUAUUUCCUAUUUCAACUUUUGUUGAGUUUGCUCUUUGAGUUGGUUGUACAAUGAAACGGAGACAUUGACUGCAGUCGUUAUGAAUUCCAGACUUCUUGUCUGACUUU